GUGCAAAUUUUAAAUUUGGCGCGCCGUUUCCAAUCGUAUGAAGUUCGCGUUGCGAAUACUUGCCGAUUAUGAUGUGAAAGAUAUUCCGAAGGCCGUGAGGUGCCAUUCUACGAUACGGGAUCGGCAAAUGGCGCUACAAAUAGUUAAAGUUGACACAACUACGCGUUUAGAAAUCCCGUUCGUCCGAUUGCGUAUUUCCAGGCACGCGCCGAGGCCAGUAACAACGAAAAUAAUGGUGCAUUGUCAAUUUCCUGAAACCACGCGCGAAAUUCGCAGCUACCACAUCCAGCUUGGCGAUUAUAACGCACGGUCACUGACAUUAGCACCAACAAUGGACCAGCAAUUCUGCUUGCGCUGGAACAACCACCCAACAAACCUGACUGAUGUGCUCGCAAGCCUGCUGCAGAGAGAAGCAUUGUGUGAUGUCACACUGGCAUGUGAUGGAGAGACUGUUAAGGCACACCAGACGAUACUUUCGGCUUGUUCACCAUAUUUUGAGAGUAUAUUCCUACAAAAUUCACACCCACAUCCGAUCAUAUUCCUCAAAGAUGUGCGAUUCUGCGAGAUUAAAUCAUUAUUGGACUUUAUGUAUAAGGGAGAAGUAAAUGUUGGCCAAAAUAUGCUACCAAUGUUCCUAAAGACUGCUGAAAGUUUACAAGUUAGAGGUUUGACAGAAAAUAAUACAUUAAAUCCUAAGUCGGAAGAUCGGUCGACGCCGUCAGCGAGCGCGGAGAAUCUGUCGUCCCGCGCGGAGUUCGCGACGCCGCCGGCCGCGCACGCGCCCGCCGCGAUCACGCCGCUGCCCGCUCCGCAGCCGCCGCAAGCCCCGCCCGAAAAGCGGAGACGGAAGAGCUCCGCCCUGCCGAGAGAAGAGAUCAACCUAUCGUAUCAUCACUAUGAGGGGUUGGUGAAGAGCUCAGGAAAGGGGUCGACGGGUUCGGGGUCGGAGGGGUCGACGCCGCCGCCGGCGCACGGCGGGCGACGCGGGGAGCGGGGUGGGGAGCGGUCGCCGGCGCCGCUGGUGAAGCAGGAGCCGGAAUCGCCGUACGCCCCGCCACCGCUGCCGCACCCGCACCCAGCGUACGAGCAGACGCAUCUGCCGGGUAUGGGCGUGAACGAUAUGGCAACGAUAUUGAACCAGCACCAGAUGAGCAACGAAUGCAACGACAGCGAGCCCAUGAUGCAACCCCACCCGGACCAGACCGACACCAUUGAUGGUGAUAACUGUGCCGACGAAAACCGUAGACCGGAGCCGUUCGGCCCCCACGCUAUUAACGACAUAGUCAAAUCGUUCAAGAUGGCCCUCGGCCACAAGUACAAUAAUAGUAUGCCGACUCGGUGCGAGGUCUGCGGCAAAAAUGUUAGCAAUAUCAAAAAACAUAUGAAAUCUCACAACCCGGAGAGGCACAAGUGUCCUCUGUGUCCGAUCAUCCUGACGAGAGCCGACAAUCUCAAGCGGCACGUCCGCUCGAAGGGCUGGCACAUGCGGCUGACGUUCGAGCGGGUGGCGGGCGCGCUGAACCUCCACCGCUGCAAGCUGUGCGGCAAGGUGGUGACGCACAUCCGCAACCACUACCACGUGCACUUCCCGGGCCGCUUCGAGUGCCCGCUGUGCCGCGCCACGUACACGCGCUCCGACAACCUGCGCACGCACUGCAAGUUCAAGCACCCCGCCUACAACCCCGACACGCGCAAGUUCGAGGGCGCGGUGCCGCCGCCGCCCGCGCUCUACGCCAACCACAUGGACGCGAGCUUCGACUGAUUGUCCAUGUACUGGCUCGGCCUCGACGCGCCGUGAGCGCCCCUCGCGCCCCGCGCCGCCGCCCCGCGUCCGGACGCUGCGAACGUUUCCUACUUAGGGUUAAGCGAAGGUGCUCCCGGGGCGGGCCUCGCCUCUUAAACCCGUCGACGGGUCCCUCGUUUUAGUAUUGUCUCGGUUGUGCGUUCGACUUGCCCGGUGUGACCUUCUAGUAUUCCGAGUGAGUGAUGAAUUUUAACGGUACGUGUGCGACUCCGGGCCGACGUUUCCGGCCCGGGAGGGAGUAGUUAAGAUUUUCUUCUAUACCAAUCGCUAUACGGGAACGGGCAGAAGCAAUAAUAUGAUGUUAAUUUUAUUACCAUAUUAUUUUUUAUAUUGUAUCGAUAGGAAUCUUAAGCUAUUUAAUAGUUAUACUACACGAGUAGCGGUGCGACCGCGAAGUGAUGCUGGCUAUCGACGGCCGGCCCCGCCCACCCGGCGUCGGGGGGCGGGGCCGAGCUGUCCCGUUAUAUUUAUUCGUUAGAUAGGGAAUUAUGAGUUUCCUGUAGCUAAUUAAUUGUAUUUAUGUUGAAUCCUAUGGUCGGUGCGGAAAGACAACGGAGCGAAUCGAAAGGACUGGAAUAGAUUGUGAUCUGUCGUCGGUCAACGACAUAUAAAUAUUGACUGAAUCUCAGUGUAGAUGCAUUUGUAAUUCCAUGAGGCCUUUGCAAGAUGGAUAAUUAUUAAGGAUUUGUGAUGUAUUAACGGAUAGCGCCUAAGGAAACAUACGAAAAGAUUUUUUAUACUAGACUAGUUAUCUAUUUACGGAGAUUGUUUUUUAUACUUAGAUAUAUUCUAUCGUCUGAUUUAAUAUAAUUUUAUAUUUAUAUAACGAUGUAAUAUGAUUUACUAGUGUUGUUUGUUUUUAUUGAUGGUAUAGUAACAUUUUAGUUCGAGUUGAGUUUAGUAUGUAACUACUCGCGGUGUUAUCGUAUCGAUUAUUAUUUACGUUAGCGAAUAGCGAGAACGGUGCUCGAGGUCCCGGACCUCCUCCUGCGUCGAGAUGUCGAGUUCGAGUCGAGUUUGUGCAUUUAGUUACUAAUAUUGGCAUUCUACAAUUGGGACUAACCUAGCGAUUAUGUAUUGUAUUUUCGAUUUAAUAUUAAGGUUGUUACAUUUUAGCUAAACACUUAGAGUGGUACGGUAACAGAAAUGUGAUAAAAUGGAAUGGUGCUAGAACCAAGAGUGUUAACACGCUACUACGUUUCGACUCCUAUUAUAAUAUUAAUGUUUUAAUGAUUAAUUAGUUACUUUGCAUUGCGCGUAAGGCAUCUAGCAUCCGAUGAGGUCGCAUCUGCCGGGCCGCGGACGACGGGUAUACACACACUGGUGUAACACGCGGUAUACACGGUGUACACACACACACACACAUACGGGUCGUGCGGGUCGCCGUACUGGAGAUUACAGUAUCACUCGACAACACUUCGUUUCUUCGAAUCCAUUCGAUUUUACUAAUAUGUCUAGAUGUUAAGUCGCCGAUUGUGAACACUGAUCGCAAGUUAGUGGUAUAAGUAGCUGUGAACAUACAAUUCACUUGUGCAAUUUUUUAAAAUAGUCGUAACUCGUACCUAGUUAUACAAUUCGUCUAUUGAAUAUAGGGGCCCACUUUAACUUAUAAGCACUGAGCUCCCGUGUUCCUUUAAAUGUAAUUAUAUCACCGAACGUUUCUUCCACAAAGAUUUUAUAGUUAAUUUUAAGAGUGAAGAUUUUUAUAUUACCGAUCUUAUACGUGGGCGCUUACUAUUUAAUAGCAUUUCAUACUCAGUGCAAUAUUACUAGUUAUUUAAUUACGUAACCAAACUAAAGGAUAUUUUAAAGUAAUUAAUGUCUUCGAAAGAGAGUAACUACCUAUCGUAUUUACAUAAGUGAAUUCCUAAUUUGUAUUUCUACUUAGAGCAGUUUGGAUUACGGAGAUGUACAGGUUUUAUAGCUGGUAAUAUAAUAUAGCUUGUUUACCUCUGCCGAUCGCAAUAGUUAUGUACUGUUUAAUAUAAUUUAUUGUCGCGCAAGCUAGCAUAUUAUAUUGUUGACAUAGAUCAUAGCUAUCCAUCGCGAGAGAGAGGAGUCGCCACGAGAAGGUGCAUUUUGUAUUUAACUAUCUCGACCAAUUUUUAAAACGAAUUCGCCGCGAGCGAAUUGAUUAGUGACGUAGAAUAUUAUUUUAGAUAUUUUAGGUUAGGAUACUGCGAUAGUGUCUGGCCAUAAUAUUUUGGAGUAUCACAUCGUUUGGCUCAGAAAAUAUCUCCUUUUGAUCUCUUUCAGCUUUCGAAAAGUUUGCAAACUUAAUAUUAUUACGGUGACCGUGCUAUUCGACUUAAUGAAAGCUAACUUUAUGCCAUACGGAAUUUAUACAUAAGGUUAACGAAUUACUAAAUUUAGUGUUACGAAGUCGGGUCUCGCGGACCUAGUCACUUAUUCGGCCAAUCUAAAUAUUCCAAUUUAUUGUAUAUUAUUGUAAAUUUACACCGCCACUGUAGUGGCCAUAUCGUUCGGAAUCAAUGGAGUGCAGGACGAGCUCUAUGAUAACUUCAGGAUAGCGAUGGUCUAGUUGUUUCGUUUCCUUUGUAACGUUUAGCCAAUUUGUUAUAGUCGUUUAUAUCACAACAUGUAGCGUGCGGCCGCUAGCCGCAGCCGGCCGCCGCCAGCCGCUAGGUCGGGGGUGUCAAAUCGUGUCCCGAACACUUGAAUAUUACUUGUUAUAUUUUUACAUAAAAUUUUAUGGACGAUUUGUUGUUUAUGAAUAUUUUAAUGUCUUGGUUUGAUGCCUCCGUUGAAUUUUAAUUUUAAAUAGUUUUUGUUUUAUGCAAGCAUUUAAUGCAAUUUUUUUUUCACAUUGUUUGAUGUUAUGUAAUGCAAUUUUAACAUGUUGCAAACUCCUGCAUUUAUCUGUUGUAUUUAUUACUAAUUUUUACAUUAAAUUGUGGUAUGUUACAA